UUGAGUUGAGAUGGUUUCGAACUGGAGCUGUGGUCUACUCCUGCUGGCCUCAGUGCUAGUGGCAAGCGCACACAAUCUGCCAGGUGUGCCCAGUAGCCAGACUGGCGAUGAGGAUCUCAUUAGCGCGGUUUCAGCCAGCGUAGCGCAUGAGCUCAGCGAAGAGUUUAUCAAGUAUACGCGCACAGGCGUAGAAUCAACGAGAUUACGUCAGUUGGGCGCAGAGCUGCGCACUUCGCACUCGCGCCAGGAAAUAUUCACCGAAUCGCUGGUGGAUCUGAGCGCAGCGGAUCAGUAUUUCAUAUGCACCGCUUGUCGCGCUACGGUCAAUGUGUUUGCUCGUACUUUGACCAGCGGUGAGCUUAGUGGACCCAAUCGCGAUGCGGAAGCCAAGCGCACAUUUGUCGGACUCUGCACUUAUUUGGACAUACAGAGCGCAGAGAUUUGUGGUGGCCUCUUCGAUCUCAAUUGGCCGCUGUUUGACUUUAUUGUCAAUGAGACCAUAGCCGAGUCCAACAGCAUUUGUGGCCUGCUGCCCAUUACCAUUUGCCAGAUCAAACAGGAUGAGUACAAGCUCAAUGUGACAUAUACUGCUAAUAACCCUACAACCGAACAUAACUCAUACACGACGCCAAGCAGCGACAAGGAUCUGCAUGUUCUGCAGCUUACGGACAUACAUUAUGAUCCGGAGUACAAGGUGGGUGGCUGGGCGGCUACUUGCCAGGAUCCGCUUUGCUGUCGACUGGAUUUGCCUGCGAAUAGCAACGCCGCUGGGGCUGGCUACUGGAGCGACUACAAUGUCUGCGAUUCGCCCAAGCAUAUGAUAGUCAAUGCCUUUGAACAUAUUAGCAAGACGCAUAAGUUGAACUGGAUCUAUCAUACGGGCGAUGUGCCGCCGCAUAAUGUUUGGUCCACCACCAAGCAGGGCAACAUGGAUAUGCUAACGGAAAUUGAUUCACUCAUUGCUAAACAUUUUCCCGAAACACCAGUGUACUCCUGCCUGGGCAAUCACGAGCCACAUCCCACUAACGUUUUUGGCAACGAAGCUGUGCCUGCUGAGCUAAAGGUCGACUGGCUGUACCAGCAUGUGUGGAGUCUGUGGUCCAAGUGGCUGCCAGCUGAGGCGAAGACGACAGUGCUGCGUGGUGGUUACUAUACAGUCUCGCCCAGCAAGGGCUACCGCAUCAUAGCGCUGAACAGCAUGGACUGCUAUCUGUUCAACUGGUGGCUGCUCUACGAUGGCUCCUUGGUGCUGGAGCAGCUGCAGUGGUUGCACGACACACUGCAGAAGGCAGAGGAUGCGGGCGAGGUGGUGCAUAUACUUUCGCAUAUACCCAGUGGCGAUAGUGACUGUUGGUCUGCGUGGUCAGCGGAGUACAAUCGGCUGCUGGCGCAUUUUAGAAAGACUAUAACGGGCAUCUUUAAUGGCCAUACGCACAAGGAUGAGCUGAACGUGCACUACACUGCUGAGGGUUGGGCAGUGGCUGUAUCCUGGAACGGCGGCAGCUUGACCAGCUUGUCUAACAAGAAUCCCAACUAUCGCGUUUAUCAAGUGAACCACGAGAACUGGAAAGUUGUCAACUACGAAACACACAUAUUUAAUUUAACCGCAGCCAAUCUGCAGCCCGAUACGCCACCCAAUUGGUUUAAGGAGUACGAGUUUGUGCGUGAAUACACCUCUGACAUGAGUCCUGCCGGCAUUCAUGAGCUGCUAAACAAAAUGGCCAAGCAGCCAAACCUAUUGCGUAAGUUUUGGCGCUUCAAGCACGCCCAAGCCGAUCCCAAGCUCGCCGAGGGCUGCGAUGACAAGUGUCUAAGCCAAACGAUUUGCCGCAUGGCCACCAGCAACUAUAAGGACAAGACACGCUGCAAGCAGCUGCAGGCCAUACUAAAGGAGACCCUGGCAAAUGAGGACCCCGAGGACGAUGGUGCCAGCGCCUUGUUUGCCUACAGCUUCAGCUCUCUGCUGGCGCUCUAUGGCAUUAUGCGUUUAUUUUAAGCCCAAAUACAAUUAAAUGAACUAGAAGCUUGAUAUUUACUUUUUAACACGCAGAAAUUGUUUUUGUUAUACACAUCAAUAUAAUUACAGAAAAUUUCCAAAUA